AUGUCUUGGGAAAUGGGAAUCUCUGUCAGAUCAAUGUCUCACAUAAUAAAAAGUGACCUUAGCAUGGGUGAAUCUCGAAGAAUGACAGGACAAAGGCUAACCACUUUCCUAAUAAAAAUUAGAGUGGAUAGAUGGAAAGUGCUCCUUGGCCAAAAAAACAAAUGGUCUUCAUCAAAAGAUUUUGUUUAGCGAUGAGAAAAUUUUUAAAAUUGAAGAAAAAUUUAAUUGCCAAAAGCUCUAAAGAAGCCUAGGAAGUCAUUGGAAGAGUGGAAAGAGGUCAUCACCCUUUCUCAGUGAUGGUUUG